AUUCCAUAAAGUGAGUAAGAAAAUUCUUGAACAUGAAUAUGGAGAUUGGGAUCAACGAAAAUACAGUUCAACACUUAAAUCACUAUCUUCUUCACGUUUCUUUUGUCACAUAUUUGGAGUUGCAAAUAUUAAUCUUAGUUUUGUGAUUUAAUUGGUUGUGGAUUGUGGAAUAGUUUUUGUGGCUGUGCCAAAGUGAAAUAAACACUCUCCUAGAAGACAUAUUCACGCAAAUUAAAUGAGAAUUUUUUUUUAAGGAAAACAAAAAUCUUUCUGCAACCCAUCAAAUAUAUAUAUAAAGAGAGACCCAUCAAAUAUCUCUCUUCACACACACACACUCCAUGGAAAUGCUUUUUCUUGGUUCGCUUAUGCAUUUCUCUUCUUUCUUUUUUUUUUUUUUUUUAUUAUUUUUUUUUUCUUUUUAUGUUUAACAACAAAUGUUUGCUAAAAUCUCUUAACAUCAUGUUUCCUUAUUCUAUCAUGCUCAACAAUUCAACAUAUACCGAGAUUCUAACAAACGUUUGUUGUUAAAGAGAAAUGCAUAAGUGAACCAAUGAGGUGUAACGUGUAUCACAAGACACAAAUGCCAAAACAGAGCUGAAACCGGACCAAAAAGACUCUUUGUCACCAAAAAGCUUUAAAUUCUCACCAAGAAAGAAACAUGACAUUGCGAAGCUUUGGGCCUUAGACAAUCAACGAAGCCCAACAAUAUCUCACCAUCAACCGUUACAAAAGUCACAAAAAUAUUUUUAACUCGAACGAUGUGGAAAGGGUCAGAUAUUUUUUGGUCCGAGGUUUUCACUUUUUCUAUUAUUGUCGAAAAUAUAUUUGACGAUUCUCUAGCUACCGUCACUUUUCUACGUCACCCCUCCAAUCAUAACCUUCCAACGACCCUUUCUUUUCAACACCCAUUCGUCCUUCACGCAAUCCCGUCACAGUCAUCUUCUAGACCCGACCAACCGCUUACCGGGUCGGUUUCUUCCACGUGUCCCCCCGAAGAUAUCUUUAGAAACAAAAAAAUUCCCAUCGCGUCGUCAACUAUGAAUGAAUUUUGAUGAAUUUGUAAAAUAUGGAAGCAUCGAGAAAUCGAUCGCUCGUCGGAAACAACCGAGCUCUGGAGAUGAAUCACGAAGACGACGACGGCGAAGAUGUAGCGGCGGUGGCGGUGGAAGACGUGGAGGUGUGGGAUACGUUGAGUAAUGGAUUCAAGCGUGCACAGCUUUUUCUUGAUCAGAAUCGUGAUUUGAUCCAACGAGUCAACGAAAACCACAUGUCUCGAAUCCCUGAUAACGUCGCUAGAAACGUUGGCUUGAUCAACGAAAUCAACGGUAAUAUUUUCCGAGUUAUGGAGAUUUACUCUGAUUUAUCUGUCGAUUUAGCCAAAAAUUUCGAUCAGCGGCGGAGGACGGCCAAGAACGGUGACACUACAACUACCACCACCGGUUCUUACGGCGGUAAACGGAGCCCUUGCGGUUCCUAAGCGCAAUACGCAACAACAAACUCCGAUUUUAGCUAAUUUCAUGCCAGGAGUCACUGUUCUGUUUCAUGAAGUUUGUAUAUGAUUACAAGAAUUAGGAGUUGAUUUUGGGGUUGAUGUAAAUUAGUGUGGUGGAUUAGGAUGUUGCACUAGUCUCUUACGUGUUCUCUAAGGUAUUCUAUGCUUAUGUAUUCAGCUCCUCUGCUUUUGUUUGAUUCUUGCAUGUCUCAUUCGUAUAAUCAUUCACUAGUUUCAUGA